AUGAACGGAAGUGCACGCGCCGCCCUCUGGGAGAUGCGCAGGUUGGUUGGUGGCUGCCGUGGCCUUUGUCCUACAGUCCGGCGGGAGCAAGUGACUUUUGAGGACGUGGUCGUGGAGUUCACCUGGGAGGAGUGGGGGCAGCUGGAGCCAGCCCAGAGGACCCUGUACCGAGAUGUGAUGCUGGAGACCUUUGGGCUCCUUGCCUCUGUGGGACACUGGCUCCCAAAGCCGGACGUCAUCUCCCUGCUGGAGCACGAGGUGGAGCUGUGGGUGGUAGACAAGGGAGCCCCCCGAGGUGUGUGCACAGAAAACCUGUGCAAAAGAGAAGCCCUACAGAUGUCAGGAAUGUGGAAAGGCCUUUAGUCACAGCUCAGCCCUCAUCGAACACCACCGAACACACACGGGA